CACUCCAGUCUCCUGUGGUCCAACACUCCCGGCCAAAACACCAUUAAUGCUCAAAAUAAAAUAUAAAUCAGUCAGAAGGAAUGAAAUAAAAACCUAAAUCCGCCUUCUCAUACCAAACCCUAAAAAAAUAUCCAUUUCAAUUCAAAUCCACCUGCGCAUAAAACAGGAAACAGAAAACACUCACCAUCUCCCGCUUCCUUCCUUCCUUCUGUUCCCCUACUACUUCUAUCCAUUACUCUCUCAGUCUCUCUCCCUCUCGCUCGCUUCCUCGCUGAGCAGAAGCACAAGCAGCAGCACCCAAAAGAAAAGAAGGCUGUGAGAUGCUUAGUGAUGCAAAAGCUGCUUCGUCGAAGCCCUACAGGCCCCCUCCUAUGCACUUCCACCGUCACCACCCACUCUUCCCGUUGGCCCCUUAACAACAAAAAGAACCACCUCCACCUCCACCACCACCAACUCAACUUCUUUCCAUUCCGGCCACAAUCCCCAAUGCCUGCUACCGCUUCAUUCAAACUCCGGGUAUCCUCAGGGCCCAUAACCCCUCCUACCGCUUCUCUUCCCAAGAAGCCCACCGCGGCCUCUGCGGCCGCUGCUGUUCCUUUUGCCUCCGGUAGCUGCGCGGGGUCUUGUCGGUGCUCGCUCGAGAGUGGAACGCCUGGCAGAGCUUGGGUUGUCUUUAAAGAAGGCCGGUCGGCUUUACGGCCUGCUUGGUUGCAUACUAAGUCCGAAGGGGGUUUUCCGGUGGUGGUUGCUGAGGCUUCGAGGAAUUCGGAGAAGGUUGGGAGCGGUGGGGGUUUUGAUGCAGGAGGAACCGAGGAGGGUUCGGAGUCGUUGCCUGGUGGUGAAGUGAGGCCGUUACGGUUACAGAGGAAGCAGAAGGUUGGGGGCUCUGCUACUGCAUUGCCUGGGAACCCUGACCUUUUGACGAUUCCGGGAGUUGGGCCUCGAAAUCUAAGGAAGCUGGUGGAUAAGGGUAUAGCAGGAGUCGCAGAGCUUAAACAGUUGUACAGAGACAAGUUCUUUGGGAAGUCUAGUCAGAAGAUGGUGGAAUUUUUACAGAGCUCCGUGGGAAUCAUUCACAGGAACCAUGCAGAAAGUAUAACCUUGUUUAUCAAGGAGAGCGUGGAUGAAGAGUUGGAGGAAGAAAGCUCCAACUCUGAUGUGAAACCUACUCAGAAGAAACGGCUUACCUUCUGUGUAGAGGGAAACAUUAGUGUUGGAAAGACCACUUUCCUUCAAAGGAUAGCCAAUGAAACACUUGAGCUACGUGAUCUCGUUGAGGUGGUUCCUGAGCCUAUUUCCAAGUGGCAGGAUGUGGGACCUGAUCACUUCAAUAUAUUGGAUGCUUUCUAUGCAGAGCCACAGAGGUAUGCUUAUACUUUCCAGAAUUAUGUAUUUGUAACAAGGGUCAUGCAGGAAAGAGAAUCUGCUGGUGGAGUUAAACCCCUUAGACUGAUGGAAAGGAGUGUCUUCAGUGAUCGGAUGGUAUUUGUACGAGCUGUUCAUGAAGCAAACUGGAUGAAUGAAAUGGAGAUUAGCAUUUACGAUUCAUGGUUUGAUCCAGUUGUUUCUUGUCUGCCCGGGCUUAUCCCUGAUGGAUUCAUCUAUCUAAGAGCAAGUCCUGAUACAUGCCACAAGAGGAUGCUACUGCGCAAGAGAGCAGAGGAGGGUGGGGUCACCCUGGAUUAUCUGCGUGACCUACAUGAAAAACAUGAUAGUUGGUUGUUCCCCUUCCAAAGUGGCAAUCAUGGUAUCUUGUCUGUCAGUCAGCUACCCCUUCGUAUGGACAGCUCUUUACAUCCUGAUAUAAGGGACCGUGUGUUCUAUUUGGAAGGAGAUCAUAUGCACUCUAGUAUCCAGAAGGUUCCUGCUUUGGUAUUGGAUUGUGAACCAAACAUUGAUUUCAGUAAAGAUAUCGAAGCAAAGCGACAGUAUGCACGGCAAGUUGCAGAGUUCUUUGAGUUUGUGAAGAAAAAGAAAGAAGUUGAGUCUCCACAAGCUGACAACGAAGGAAAGAACUCAAACCAACAGGUAAUGCUUCCCCACAAGGGUGGACUCUGGGUGCCAGAUAGGAAUCAUUUCCCAGAGUCUGCACUGAAAUCACUGGAAUUCAGACGAGCUAUAUCAUUCCUGUCUGGUUAGCAGCAGUUUCAAGUUCUUUCACCACCAAUCUGGACAUGGUUCAGCUCCUGCAUGUAAAAAGUGUUUUUCCUUUCAUGUAGAGCAAGUUUUGGAUUGAGAAAUGACAAGAAAUGCUUUGUAGAUUUUCAACUCCGAUUUAGAAAAAGCCAAUGUCGUCUCUCUCCCUCUCUGCCAUAUGUUCUAGACUUCAGUAGAUGUCGAAUGGAUAUCUGAUUCCUACU